AUGCAGAUCUUUGUGAAGACACUUACUGGGAAAACCAUCACACUUGAGGUGGAAAGUUCAGAUACUAUCGACAAUGUGAAAGAGAUCCAGGAUAAGGAAGGAAUCCCACCUGACCAGCAAAGGCUUAUCUUUGCUGGAAAGCAACUUGAGGAUGGCCGCACACUUGCUGAUUACAACAUCCAAAAGGAAUCCACCCUCCACUUGGUGCUUCGUUUGAGGGAUGGCAUGCAGAUAUUUGUAAAGACCCUCACUGGCAAGACAAUCACACUGGAAGUGGAGAGCUCUGACACCAUAGACAAUGUCAAGGCUAAGAUCCAGGAUAAGGAAGGCAUUCCCCCCGACCAGCAGAGGCUGAUUUUUGCUGGAAAACAGCUAGAGGAUGGCCGCACACUUGCUGACUACAAUAUCCAGAAGGAAUCCACCCUCCACUUGGUGCUUCGACUCCGAGGUGGCAUGCAGAUUUUUGUGAAGACCCUCACAGGGAAGACCAUUACUUUGGAAGUAGAGAGCUCUGACACCAUUGACAAUGUUAAAGCCAAAAUUCAAGACAAGGAGGGCAUCCCCCCAGACCAGCAGAGGUUGAUUUUUGCAGGGAAACAGCUUGAGGACGGUCGUACUCAUGCUGACUAUAACAUUCAGAAAGAGUCCACCCUCCACUUGGUGCUUCGCCUUCGUGGUGGCAUUUAGAUUUUUGUCAAGACUCUUGCUAGAAAGACCAUAACCUUGGAGGUUGAUAGCUCAGAUGCUAUUGACAAUGUGAAGGCCAAGAUCCAAGACAAGGAGGUUCCACCAGACCAGCAAAGGCUGAUCUUUGCUGGGAAGCAGUUGGAGGAUGGACGCACCUUGGCUGAUUACAACAUCCAGAAAGAAUCCAGUGUCCUUCGCCUUCAUGGUGGUUUUUAAGUUUGUUACUUGCAUGUAUUUUUUUUUUUUCUGGAUUGUGAUAGCUAGCCUUGAAGAAUGUCUCUUCUAGCUUGUGCUUUGGCUAUGCCUUUUGGUACUUAAAACAUGUUCUGGUUAUGCAAUUUGGUUCUUAAACCUUUCUAAAUUUUGAACUUACUAUGCUGUUGCGAAACAUUAUUAUGGAACAGUUACAGUUUAUACUUA